CAGGGCGGGGCAGCGGCCGCCGGGGCACGCGGCGCGCUUAAGAUGGCGGCUCCCCUGGCCGGGCAGGCGGGGGCUGCGCUGCGGGACCUGGCCCUGAGAUCCGCCCGCCUGCGGGGCAGCUUCCCGGCUGCUCAAUUAACCCCUAGACGAUGGCUGAACCUGCAGGAGUACCAAAGCAAAAAACUAAUGGCAGACCAUGGGGUUACAGUUCAGAGAUUCUUUGUAGCUGAUUCUGCAAAUGAUGCCCUGGAGGCUGCUCAGAGACUAAAGGCAAAGGAGAUCGUUCUGAAGGCACAGAUUCUGGCUGGAGGGAGAGGGAAAGGUGUUUUCAAUAGUGGAUUGAAAGGAGGAGUUCAUCUAACUAAGGACCCUAAGAUUGUUGAACAGCUUGCUAAACAGAUGAUUGGGUACAAUCUGUCAACAAAGCAAACUCCAAAGGAUGGUGUGACAGUUAAGAAGGUGAUGGUUGCAGAAGCACUGAAUAUUUCCAGGGAAACAUACUUUGCAAUUUUGAUGGACAGAGCCUGCAAUGGACCUGUUAUGGUUGGCAGUCCACAGGGUGGUGUUGACAUAGAAGAAGUUGCAGUUACAAGCCCAGAACUUAUCUUUAAGGAGGAAAUAGAUAUUUUUGAAGGCAUAAAGGAUCAUCAGGCAUUGCAGAUGGCAAAAAAUUUGGGAUUUAAAGGACCUUUGCAACAGCAGGCAGCAGAUCAAAUUAAGAAGCUGUAUAACCUUUUCUUGAAAAUUGAUGCCACUCAGGUUGAAGUGAAUCCCUUUGGUGAAACUCCAGAAGGGCAAGUUGUUUGCUUUGAUGCCAAGAUAAACUUUGAUGACAAUGCAGAAUUUAGGCAAAAAGAAAUAUUUGCCAUGGAUGACAAGUCUGAAAAUGAGCCUAUAGAGAAUGAAGCUGCCAAAUAUGACUUAAAAUAUAUAGGACUGGAUGGAAAUAUUGCUUGCUUUGUCAAUGGAGCUGGACUUGCAAUGGCAACAUGUGAUAUAAUAUCCUUGAACGGUGGAAAACCAGCCAACUUCUUGGAUCUCGGUGGAGGUGUGAAAGAAGCACAAGUAUAUCAAGCAUUCAAGCUCCUGACUGCUGAUCCAAAGGUUGAAGCAAUACUUGUGAACAUUUUUGGUGGGAUUGUGAAUUGUGCCAUUAUAGCCAAUGGUAUAACCAAAGCCUGCAGAGAACUAGAGCUGAAAGUACCUCUGGUGGUCAGACUGGAAGGCACAAACGUUCAUGAAGCCCAGCGGAUUCUGAAUGAAAGUGGCCUCCCCAUCACGUCUGCAAAUGACCUUGAGGAUGCAGCCCAGAAGGCAGUGGCUAGUGUGGCCAAAAAGUAGCAACUUGAAGAUGUUCUGAUGGAGAGUGUGUGUUUCACAAGACUUCAUUCCUGUUGCUCUUUCAGAGAGGAUUAGUGGAGUUUUUCUAAGCAGUCAUCAGUGUUGGUGGACUUAAUUUGUGACACAUGGCAAACUCAGGCCUUUGGUUUGUAAGGCAGUCUUCAGAAAUUUUACAGCUACAUUCUUGAAAGGUUUGUAUGUGUUUGUAUCAUUUUGGUAAUUUUGUUGGUCAGAUCUGUAGUAAGACUUCACUUCACAAAGCCCUUUUUCUGCUUUCCUUCCAAAAUCAUCACUGGUAAACUCGAGGCAACAAUUAAUAAUUGAUUUCUGUCGACAGGAUUGUUCUUUUAUCAGGCACAUACAGUUCACCUGUUUCACAGUCUUUUCAUUUUUUAAUAUUGCAAAGACUCAGCAAGCUAAUAAUGGGUUUAUUUUUUUAUGGACUUUUACAUAAUGUAAAAAAUUGUGCUUACAAUAGAUAUUUUUAUUCAAAUGAAUAGUGUUUAUUUUCUUUUUCAGAAAUCACACAUUUUGCCUUAAGAUUAUUUUGUUUUGUAGAUGCCAAAGUAUACCUCACCAUAGGAAAAUGGAUUGAACAGUUGGUAGUGAAAGGACUUUCCGUUCUUGUACUGUGUCUAUCAGCUGGUGAAAUCUGAUUAAUUUUAUUUUCUAGUUUUGGGAAACCAGGUGCAGUGUUUCUAGGUCUAACAGUGCCAUGGAGAGCUCUAGGAGGAUGUCUCUGCCAGUAAGAAAAUAGCUGCUAACUUUUUAAAAUGACCUCUCUCAUAAAUAUGUCACUGCUGUGAGGUUUUAAAAUAAGAUGAGACAAGGAAACACUUUUCUGUCAGGAGCAUGGAGUAUUCUUCAAUUGAUUUAACUUCCAAAAAACAUUUCUGCUUUACUUGGAAUAAAAACAAACAAAUGAACUUUUCAAUCUAAAAUGUAUUUGAUUUCUCAGGCAUCAGUAAAAAGAAGUGCAAGAAAAAGAAGUUUCAGUAACCAGAUAUUGACUGAGAUUUAUUUUGAUUAUAUAUUCUUUUGUAACAGUUGAAAUUCAAGCUGUUAGUUACACAAAUCACUUAGUCAGGGAACAGAAGACAAUACCAAAUGGCUUGUGUAACUAAAGAACACAGUACAAAUCUGACUCAGCCCAGGACUUACAUGCUGAAAAUCAUCAGUACAUUUGAACAGUGAACAAAUGAGUAGGUAUUAUGGUCUGGUUUUGUAAAUGGGCAGAGAGGUAAAAAUUUGUCUAAUAAAUUCUUAAUUGUGAUUUUUGAGCAGCUCUAAUCAAUACCAUGUUCUAUUUAGAAAAAGGUAAAUAAAUUUUUCUUGACGUUUCCAUUAAAACUGUUACAUUCAAAAUAGAUUAUCUGCACUAAUCUCUGUCUCUUGACACAAAUAGGAUAGACAGGUUGCUGUCAGCCACUGUAAGUUUUUUCUUCUCCCUUCCAUUUUCUACAUGUUGCUCAAGGAGAAAUGUGUGAAUAUUAGAGUAGCAAAAAAAUAUGCCACUGUGUGUGAAUGAGGGAGAAGGUUAUCAUUGCCUUUUCUUGGGAGGGUGCAUAGAUGCCCCCUGCUUUGAAGGAAGACAUGUUUACCUCACCACAAUGAACAGAAAAGUCACACUCUGUUUUUUAAUACUGGAAAUAGAAGUAUUCUGGGGAAGAACUGUUUAUGCAAUGUUGUCAUACACUGUGUAUCUAACUUCUGGUCUCAGAAGCGUUUGUGGUGUGUGUGCCCGAUGAUUAUUCUGCAAUAACUAACACAAUGUACAGCAUUUCAUCAAACAAUUGUAAAAAUGAAGUUGUUUAAUGACUUUGUCCUUUCCAUAAAAUAGAAAAUUGUUUAAUUUGC